AUGAAUUCGAUGGCAGACAAGAUCUUCCUUGAGACUCAUAUCAAUGUAUUUUUCGACUACUUCAAUGCGAUUCCCCAGUAUAACUUUAUUCACAAAGCAACUUUUCUCCGAAGUUUCUAUCACGACACUCUUGAUCCUUUGUUCCUGCGCUGCGUAUGCGGUGUCGCCUCACGCUUCUUACGGCCGAGGUCGGCCCCUGAAUAUGUUGUCGAAUGGCUGAAGGAAGUUGAAGCUCAAAUCUGGUCGAGAAUGGGAGAAAUGAAACUUCAAAAUCUCCAAAUACUCGUAUUGCUCAUUUGCUGGUACUUAAUGGAAAGAAAGAUUUCAAAUAUGUGGAUUGCGUCCGGUGUGGCAGCUCGUAUGGCCUACGGGAUCCGUUUGAACUAUGAAACAAGUGAUAAGAUACCGUUCCUGUCCAGAGAGCUUCGACGUCGGCUGAUGUGGUCAAUUUUCAUGCUCGAUAAGCUCUAUGCGGGAGGCUUCACGGAGCUGGUUCUCUGCAGCCCGAGUACAAUGCAUAUCAAAUUGCCUUGUGAGGAGAGGAACUUCGAGCUUGACAUGACGGUCGAAACACCUAUUCUAGAGCCUGCUCGCCCUGAUUCUCAGCUAGAAUCGAAUAUUGGAAUAAUGGGGUACAUUACUCGAUUAAUGAACAUUCGUCACGCUGUUCUCGAAAUAACCAAGCAAAUUAUUUCAUCCAAUGCCAACCCCUAUUCUGCACAGGAUAGCAUUCAGAGUCUGGACAACAUGCUGAACAGCUUCGCCCUCAGCCUACCUGCCCAUUUGAGAGAUAGCCCACGUAAUCUACUUUGUCGCGCUUAUACAUCUGAGUUGGCUGGGUAUAUCAACCUGCAUACUCUCUGGCAUCAAUGCUACUGUGACCUUUAUCGGAUGAUGAUCCCUGGCAUUCGAGAGUCCGUCCCAGAGCUCGUCCAGCGUCAGGUGCCUGUCGAGUAUGCCGAUGAAUGUCGCCGACUAUGUCUACACCACGCCGUCGGGAUGUGCAAGCUGUGGUCUGAUACGCUCCGUGAAGCAGAUAUUUCCAGAAUUUCAGAUCAAUCCAUCGGUAUAUAUGCUUAUCAGUGUGCCAACGUCCUCGUUAAUCUAUGGGACUUGGAUCGGGACGACACCUUAGAGUCUUCGCUUCAGACCAUCUCGUCCUUUUUGGAUCAUCUCUCUUUAAUCUACCCCGUCGUGGCCGAAGUUCAACUGGAGGUCAAAAGCUUUAUCUCCAAACUCAAUGUUGUAGCAGACUUCUACCACACGCACGCUCAUCAGAACCUUGCCCCGAGGCUGACGGCGGCAUGGAGAUCCAGCCUCCGACAGCAAGGUACUCAAGAAGGCCAGACAACUUCAAGAUUUUCUCUUCUGGAAUACCUACAGAAUCAAAAUAGUGCCGAAGACCCCGGUACGCCAGGAGAAUACUGCGCCGCCCCGGUCAAUGAUGUACCAGCCGACCCAGUCCCACUUCCUGAAGUCAACAUUGGCAUGGGGUUAACCGCGGAUGCUUCCUCUCCAGAUCGGCCAGAUCUGUUGACGGAUGAAUUAUGGCCAGAAGAAUCACUUGUAAUAGACUUUGACACAGAUGGAACUCACGUGGAUCCUUUCAGUCGCAUCUUCGGGGAUUGGUCCCUUGUGACAGAGCCACAGAGUAGCCUACAAGAACCACCAAGACAUUGA